GGACGCCUCACAGACCACCCUCGCACGGGCGGCGGGAACAGCCUUGGUGCCCAGAGGAGACCAAGAUGGCGUACUAUGAGCAGAGCAAAGAGAUCACUGUCAAGGGUGUGGAAGCCGGCCUCUCCACGACGCCUGUGGUCGAAGAGACACUGAGCUCAGACGGUGAUAUCUCAGAUGCGAUCCAGGCGAAGCCGAAGCGGAAAUGGAGGUCCUAUGUCUGGGACACUCUGGACAAGUCGCCUGAAGAACGACGGUUCCUGUUCAAGCUCGACGCUGCGGUGCUCACCUUUGCCACCCUGGGAUACUUCAUCAAGUAUCUCGAUCAAAUCAACAUUAACAACGCAUUUGUGUCUGGCAUGAAGGAGGACCUUGGCUUGUAUAAGAACCAGUUGAACUAUAUGCAAACAUGCUGGACAGUGGGAUAUGUUAUUGGCGAAGUGCCCUCGAACAUGAUCCUCACCCGCGUCCGGCCGCGAAUCUGGAUCCCAUUGAUGGAAGUUGUGUGGGCAGUUUUGACCUUCUGCCUCGCCAAAUGCAACUCGGCGAGCUCGAUCUACGCUCUCCGGUUCCUCAUCGGCCUUGCAGAAGCCACAUUCUAUCCAGGCAUGCAAUACGUGAUCGGGUCGUGGUAUCGGAGAGACGAGCUGGCGAAGCGGUCUUGUAUCUUCCACACCUCAUCCGCCAUUGGAAGCAUGUUUUCCGGAUACCUCAUGGCCGCUGUCUAUCACCUCGGGGGCAAAGGAGGGUUGAAGGGCUGGCAGUGGUUGUUCGUGGUCGAUGGAAUAAUCUCGCUCCCAAUCGCCCUUUCCGGGUUCUUUCUCCUUCCUGACGUUCCAGAGAUCACCACAGCGUGGUAUUUCACCCCGGCGGAGCGCGAGUAUGCGCGGAAGCGGAUGCAGUUGGAGGGCCGUGCUCAACGGGCCCCGUACACCAAGGCUAAAUUCAAGAAGAUCUUCACGUCCUGGAAGAUAUAUAUGCUGGCAACCUUGUACAUGACCUUCAACAAUGCCGGAGCAGGAGUCAGUCAGCCUACCUUCGCGCAGUAUCUCAAGGACUCGACGCACCCCAAGUACACCAUCUCCCAGAUCAACACGUAUCCAACCACCACAUAUGCCGUGCAGGUCGUCAGUACGCUCAUCUAUGCUUGGACAUCAGACAGUGUCUUCCGUGGCGCCCGAUGGCCACCGAUCGUCUUCGGUGGCUUGGUUUCUAUAGUAUGCUACUCGAGCCUGGCAGUGUGGGAUAUCCCAGUCGGUUGGCACUGGGCUUCUUACAUCCUUGCAGGGUGUGGCGGUGGUCUCAGUGGACUGUGCAUGGCGUGGGCGCACGAGAUUUGCACGGACGACAACGAAGAAAGGGCAAUUGUGGUGGGCACCAUGAACGAGUUGGCAUAUGUGUUUCAAGCAUGGCUGCCGCUGGUAGUAUGGCAGCAAGUUGAUGCCCCGAGGUAUCACAGAGGAUUCGUCACGUCAGCAUGUCUGAGCGCUGGAAUGAUUGUGUCCGCAUUGGUUAUCAGGGUGUUGUGGAAGUGGGAGCUGGCGAGAAAGAGGAAACUCGGCCCAGUCGUGUGAGGAAGUCGUACAAUCUAAGGCCCAAGAUUGGGUGUCUAGAAGCUAGAAGUCUCAAGAGGAAGCUCGUGGACAGGCGUGCAGGGAAACAGUAGCCAGCCAUGGAUAGCAGGC